AUGAGCGGCUAUCAAAACGGAGAGCGGCCCGUCCGCGUCGACGACGACAGCGACGUCGAGGAGGAGGCCCUCGUCAACGACUACAAGGAGCAGGUCCAGUAUGAGGACAACAUUGGCGAGGACCUCGAGCAGGUCAACUCCCUGACCAUGGCCCAGCAGACCGACGACAUCCAGUCGCGCCUCGCCGCCGCCGCCCAGCCCCUCGACUUCUCCGCGCCCCUCGAGGUCAAGUUCCAGAGCUACGACUCCUACUGCAGCCUGUUCCACUUCAUCCUCAACAGCGAGGGUCCCGUCGACCUCGAGCCCCCUUCGUACUACUGGGCCUGGGACGUCAUCGACGAGUUCAUCUACCAGUUCAACUCCUUCUCGUCCUACCGCAUGCGCAUCGCCCGCCAGGGCAACAACGAGGAGGAGAUGCAGGUCCUCAAGGAGAACCCAAACACCUGGGGCUGCUACUCGGUCCUCAACGUCCUCUACUCCCUCAUCCAGCGCUCCCAAAUCACCGAGCAGCUGGCCGCCAUGCGCCGCAACGAGGACCCCAUGGCCGUCGCGGGCGAGUACGGCUCCAAGAACCUCUACCGCAUGCUGGGCUACUUCUCCAUCAUCGGUCUCCUCCGCGUCCACUGCCUCCUCGGCGACUUCAGCCUCGCCCUCAAGACCCUCGACGACAUUGAGCUCAACAAGAAGGCCAUGUUCGCCCGCGUCAUGGCCGCCCACUUCACCACCUACUACUACGUCGGCUUCUCCUACAUGAUGAUGCACCGCUACGCCGACGCCAUCAAGAUGUUCUCCCACAUCCUCGUCUACGUCUCCCGCACAAAGAACUUCCAAAAGAACGCCCAGUACGACUCCAUCACCAAGAAGAACGACCAGAUGUACGCCCUCAUCGCCAUCUGCGUCGCCUUCCACCCCACCCGCCUCGACGACACCAUCCACUCCGCCCUCCGUGAGAAGUACGGCGACCAGCUCCUCAAGCUCCAGCGCGGCGGCCCCGAGUCCCUCCCCAUCUUCGAGGAGCUCUUCCGCUCCGCCUGCCCCAAGUUCAUCUCCCCCGUGCCCCCAGACUUUGAGAACCCCGAGUCCAACAUCGACCCCGUCGAGCACCACCUCGCCGUCUUCAUGGAGGAGGUCAAGAUCAACAUGAUGAGCCCCACCGUCAAGUCCUACCUCCGCCUCUACACCACCAUGGACCUCAACAAGCUGGCCGGUUUCCUCGAGGUCAAGCCCGACGAGCUCCGCUCCUGGCUCCUCGUCAACAAGCAGCGCACCAAGCAGUUGCGCUGGACUGACCACCCCAGCCUGUUGGACGGCGACCUCAUCAACGUCAGCGACCUGGACUACGCUAUGCAGGGUGAUCUGAUCCACAUCUCGGAAGCCAAGGUUGGCCGCAAGCUGGUCGACUGGUACCUCCGCAACCUGUCCCGCACGUACGCUUGA